UCAGUUGGGGGGCUGCUCGUGAACCUGGUUGGGAUCUGUGCCUUCAGCCACGCUCACUCCCAUGGGGCGUCUCGGGGAGGCUGCCACUCACACGACCACAGCCACUCUCACCACGGGCACAGCCACGGCCACAGCCACUCCCACAGUGACCACGGCCACAGCCAUGGGCAUUCCCACGGCGCAUCCGGAGGAGGCAUGAAUGCCAACAUGAGAGGUGUGUUCCUGCAUGUGUUGGCAGAUACUCUUGGCAGCGUUGGUGUCAUCGUGUCUACGAUAUUUAUUCAGCAAUUUGGAUGGCUGAUAGCUGAUCCACUCUGCUCCCUUUUUAUUUCUACAUUGAUUUUUCUCAGUGUUAUACCCCUACUGAAAGAUGCCUGUCAAGUGCUUCUGCUGAGGAUACCUCCAGAACAGGAGAAGGACCUGCAUGCUGCUUUAGAAAAGAUUCAAAAAAUAGAGGGAGUCAUAUCCUACAGAGAUCCUCAUUUUUGGUGUCACUCUGCAAGUGUUGUGGCAGGUACAAUACAUGUGCAAGUGGUAUCAGAUGUGAUGGAACAAAGAAUUGUGCAGCAGGUCACAGCAAUUCUGAAAGACGCUGGUGUGAACAACCUCACUGUCCAAGUGGAAAAAGAAGCUUACUUUCAACACAUGUCUGGACUCAGUACAGGAUUUCAGGAUGUCCUUGCAAUGACUCAGCAGCUAGAAUCCAUGAAAUACUACAAAGAUGGAACAUACAUCAUGUGAUAUAAAGCUGUGUUCCCCAAAGGAGGUGUAGGUGGUGAAGCUGUUGGAUUCCAUACUCAUGUUUUUGCCAGGAGAUCUUGCACAUACAUGUACAGUAACAAAUGUACUAUAUAUUUGAACUUUUUAAAGUGUAAUAUCUUGUUUAAUUGGAUCAAGAUGCUUUUAUAGAGGAAAUAAGGACUUCAGUAUUUGCUGUAUAUGUGAAAAAAACAUAAACCUUAAAUACUGUACUUGGUGUUUAUUAAAC